UGGAGAACCUUUAAAUAUCAUAGUGGCAUCAUGGUAUAUUUUAAAGUGCCAUGAUAUUACUAUCUUAUACAUCACUAUUUUGUAUGGGCUUGUUACAUCAUGCAAAACUUUUCAUUGGGUUUCUAAAUACAAUUAUUAUUUAAUUACUUAUUUUUAUACACAAUUCACAAUUGUAUUUAAUCAAACUACACAAUGAUGACUCUUAAGACUUUCUAGAUAUUACAGUUUAAUUUUCUGUUACAGCACAAUUUUCUGUAAAGCUGCUUUAAAACGAUGUGUGUUGUCAAAGGCGCUAUACAAAUAAAAAUGACUUGACUUCAUGUGUAAUGUUCAAUAUUAUCAUCUUUAUAUAUUCACUCCAUCAGGCCAUGGCUCAGCACUUUUUUGGAAACUCAGACUCCACAACUUUGCAGUCAACUCCCAAAGCUGGUCAUCACCAAGCAUCAGCAAAGGUGGUAAGGCAUCAACAUAUUGUGGUCGUGCCAGAUUUAUUCAACAAUGCUUCAUAACCGUCUUGUCAAUCCAGGUGCCAGAUGAGGGGCGUAACGCAACAGGUGAAGCGCUAUCAUUUGUAAGUCUGGAUGACAGCAUUGAGCCGCAGAGUGAGGACUCUGGUAUCGGUAUUUCAAAAACCUCAACCAGAAAUUCAAUGGCCAACAACACUAUGGAAGAUGUUGGCCUGUUAUCUCCCACAAGUUCAAGUAUAGAUGAGAUUGGAAAGAAAGCACAGGACCUUAUCGAGAGAAUCAACGAGAGACGGGCCAUGGACCAACACGUGAUGGACAGCUUUGAGGAAAAACUCAUUAAAAAGGUGCGUGAGAUGUGUCAGCAGGUAAAGGAGCAGAUGUUUGUGUUUUAUGAACAGCACAGUCAGGGGAUGGAGGCCAGCAUUAGUGAGCUGUCUGAGGUGUUGGAGAGGAGCAGUCAGCUGAGUAUGGAGCUACAAGGAGCCAGUCAAACCCUGGCAGCCAUUAACAAGGGCCUGCAGCACAGCACUGAGCAAUAGAUACACAACUGAGCAGUGCAGCAAUAACAGAAUAUGAAGAGUCUCAAAGGCAUGGCACACUUACGGCAGAACAUGAGUAGUAGAAGUGUAUUUACAACUAAUUGAUCUACGCAAACAUCAUACCAGUUAUUUAAGUAAUUUAUAGAGGCGAUGCAUCUUGUUUCCUCACAGUAAUUUAACAUAUAAUUCCUGAAGCAUCUAUGUUUGAAAGUGAACCUGAACUGUUAGAAGAAGUUGACGAAUUGUAAUGUUGUGUCCGAAAUUAAUAUGCUAAUUUCAUAUAUAUUUUGAUGCAUUUAAAUGUCUACGUUUCUUUGAAAUAAAAAUGUAGUUUGAUUUACAACAGCAUUGUUUGUGUCUCAAUGACUAGGUCUGAGCUGGCCAGGAUUAAGGCCUUUUUUCACAGCAUUUUUGUUUGAAAUCACAUUACAUUUUUUUGGCAAUUCACUUUAUGUAGACCGCAAGAAAAAAAAAAAGAUGAUUUAAAAACUCCCUAAAACCUUGCAGUGCUAUCUGUGUAAUGAGAAUAAAGUGGAUACACUAUCAUUUAUUUUAUUUUACAAUUUAUUCAGCAGCUUUAAAUCUUUAAAAUAGUUUCAGCUCAUAACAGCAUACAUGCAAAAAAUAUUUGGACCCACUUUAUAUUAGGUGUCUUUAACUACUACGCACAUAAGCAGUUGAUACAACGUACUUUUAUAUGUAAAUACAUGAAGUUGCAUUGUACUUACAUUUAAAGUACCUGCAUUUAAUAACAUCUGUAGUUACACUGUUAACCUAACGCUAACCCUGCCGGUAUAGUAACGGCAAAUGUGAAUCUUAUGUGAACAAUAUGAAGUUACACAGUAAAUACAUUGUAUUUUAUGUAUUUUAAUGUUAGUACAUAGUAGUUAAAGACUUCAAAUAUAAAGUGGAACUAGAUAUUUUAGCCUGUUUUUAAGAUUUAAGCAUUUCAGUUUCAUAAAAAAAUAAAUAAAUAAAACAAAA